AUGCUGGGAUCUUUUCCAGUGGAAAGUAACAAUGAAGCUUCUGCGAAUCGAAUCGUCCGUAUAAAACCAGUCACCAAUGCAGAUGCCUAUCAAUUGAAUCAAAUUGACAAUUCUCACUUACAGCAAUGGAUUGAUAAAAUUGAACAAUUAUUUCAUCACAACAACAAUUUUGAAGUGCGAGAAUCAACGAGUAUUUAUUCCAACAACACUCCCGAGAAUAUAUUAACAUCAAUAACUCAUCAAGAUCAACUUUUAUUACAUGAACAUUUACAACAAAUAUUUACUAAAAUAAUUCAAGAUAAUUUCACACUUUUUAAAAUAAUUUUAGAGGAGUAUCCAGCUUUGAUUCGACUCUUAGACACAAUAAUUUCAUUAUCAUUUCCAAAUUUGUUAAUAGUAGUGAUGAGACCUGUUCUAAAUCAUUUAUAUUUAUUGCUGUACAAAUCCAUUGUGGAAACUGGUGAUUUUUCUGACAAACCUAAAAUUAUCAACAAGUGCUUGAAUUUACUUGGAAAAUGUGUUCAAGUUAGCACGAACUUUGGUCACAACACAACAAUAACGGAAGUGUUAUUUGAAUUUGAGAAAAACCUUCCUGAUACUUCAAAACAUGCUAUGGAACAGUAUUUAGAGCAAACAAUUCUCGAGAAAUGCUAUGAUAUCAAGAUCAAUAAUAGAUCAUGGUCGACGAGUCGCAUAAAGAACUACCACGUGAGCUUUCUCAGAUCAUGCCUAUGUUUUGCAAAAUUAAGCAUUUUUGGACAUCCAUCCUGCCAUAACGCAAUGAAACAAUACAUUUCUAUGUUUAUUGACAAUGUCGAUUGGUCCACCUCACAAGAUAAUGAAAUGCUUACGCUUGCUCACGAACUAACAUCUAUUUCUGAGAAGGAUGAGGAAUUUGUUUCGUUGACACAGAAGGCUAAAAUAACAAGCGUAAAUAUGACUUUACUUUCUGAACUAUUCACAGAAUUACUGACAUCCAUGCUAAAGCAACCAUUCAAAUCAGUAUAUAAUUUCAAGGAAUAUCGAAUCAUUGCAGAAUGUAUUCGAACAAACGCAUCCACAUGCAUCAUCUUAGAAAAUUUCAUAGAAAAUCUCUUUUUAGAGUGCAACAAUAAUUUUAGGAUUCUUAAUGCUGCUCAUGAAAUUUUCUUACACAUAACAUUAACAUCAACGAAGGGCAUGUUAUUGAACGAACUGGAUAAUGGUUAUUUUUCACACUUAGUUGAAGAUGUUUCCAUCCAUUGGAUUAGACAUCAAUUCAAGCAUUAUGAUUGGUUUCUUCGAAGCAUGAUUUUUGCAUUUUCACAUGUUAUGGACCAAGAGAAACAACACUCAAGCAACAACCAGCAAUCUGAAAACACCUCAAUCAAAUUUUCUCAAACCUUAAUCUACAUGACACGAUAUAUCUUUGCCCAUGAUCUUUCCAAAGAUUUGGAGCUAGCACAAGAUUCACUUCUUCACAUCAUUCAAACUCUAUCUCAAUGCAAGAACUUUGAUCGCUCUCAAUACUUGAGCUUUAUCGAAGAAGAGAGCGAAGAUGAGAAUCAUGCAUUCUCAUUUCAACCCUUUCCAAUUCAUUCCCUCAUUCACUUGUACUUGACAAUGACUUUUGUACGAUACGACUCGAAGAAUUUCACGUAUGAUCAAGUGAUUGACUUUUUCUUGUUGGAGGAAAAUGAUUUUGCACGCUUCACUGAAAAAACCCUCAUCAUCCUACGAUGGAUGGAUCAAAUGAUUAUUCUGUUAAAUUCCUCCAAUACAGACGAUCAUACUGUAGGAAAGUUGUCAUUCAAUCAUUUACAAUUAUUACUUCUCUUGGGAUAUUUAAGGAUAUUAACACUGUUCAAAAAGAAGUGUCACAAGAUUGACAACAACAUGAACUUCUCACGGCAUCUCUCUUCCCUAAUUCUUAAAUUUCACGAGGAGUAUUACGAACCACUCUGUUUGUUAUGGAAGAAUCCAAAGACAUCCAAUCAAAACAACCACACUCAAGGCCCAUUCAUGACAUCCUUUUCCCAACGGCAGAAAGAAUCACAGAUAACAACCACUUCAACAACACAGCAACAACAAACUUGGAAUCCAUUGGGUGUUCAUCGAGAGAGUGGUAUUCAAAAUCAUCACUUGACCAAACACCAAACGCUCAUGAUUCCUCUCAUUAUUUCAACCUUCGAACGAAUUUCUCUGUAUGACGAAGAUGUCGAUGAAACAGAUGUGCUCAGUGCGUGA